CAUAUUCAAACAAAUACAUAUGAAUUUCUGUGGAACUGCAAGAUGUUAGCCAAAGAAACGACUUACAUUCCUAUUGCGUGUGAACAAGUGUGCAUGUUCUGUCCAUUGUAAUGAAUACUAUAGAUACGGAAUCCUUCAUACGAGAAGUGAGAGCCAGGUCGGUAAUUUGGGAUUCUACAUUAUCAGGGUAUAGUUACAAGAAUGAGAAACGGAAAGCUUGGCGAGACCUGUGCAGGAUAUUUCUGGAAGGUUUUCAUGAUAGAACAGAGGCAGAAAGAUGCAAGCUGGAAAUCGAACUCCAAAAGAAAUGGAAAAACUUACGAGACUGUUAUACCAGAGAACUGAACAAGCAAAAUAAUGUGGGUCAUACACAGCUCCGGAAAAAAUACGUCUUCUUCGACAUGCUGUCUUUUUUGUAUCCAGUAUGCAUCAACAGGCUAUAUCUUACAUCAGAGGAUGCAGAACGCGCUAGAGUAACUUCACCAUUGAAGCUCCAAGAGGAAACACAAAACAAACCUAAAAAAGUAAAGCCAGCUCAGGAUUCGGAUAAAUUUUUUCUGCUCUCUCUCUUGACUGAUCUGAAAAACGUACCAGAGCACUAUAAAAUGGAUUGCAAACUAGAAUUGAUGAAUAUUUUGAAGAAAUAUAAUGCAGAAUACGAUUGUACAAGUCAAACUGAAUAUCCGGAUUCUACCUAUCAAGCACAAUAUUCGAGUCAGUGUGUAUCAUCUACUGGCCUUUCACAGACGGAUAUUAUAAACGAUAUAUUUGGAAAAUAAAUCAACAGUGCUUUGACACACUGUAUAUUUUGAAUCAGAUAUAACAAAAAUUUGUUACUAUACCAUAAUAAAUCACCUCACUUAUUAUAUUGAAAUCCAC